UCACUCUGAUAAAGUUAUUUGUGCAGCACUGAACUAUUUUGAGGUUGUUCUAUCUUCCUGUAGCAGUAGCUAGUAGGUUGCGGUCGCUCUACUGCACGAGGUGAUAAAGCUCUUGGUGAUACCACAUUAACCUACAAUGUCAGCCUUUAAAUAUGUUUAAGAGCAGUAUCACGAAGAUAUCCAUCGGAUGGGCUGUUUGUAUUGGUAUUGGAAUCUAUUCAUUUGUCCUGUCCAAGCGUUCAGUCGACCAAAAGAGAUACGAGAAUAUGAAAAGUAGAGAACGCAUGAGAAAUUCAAAUCAAGGAGAAUACAACGCAAGUUCAAGGAAAUUCAUUUGAAUAUUUUAAUUUAUUUUAUUUUCAAAAUUAAACUUUAAUAAUAAAAAUGGCCGGACCUUCAGAAGCAGAUAUUGCUAAAUUGCAGUUGGUGCAAGAAUUGGAACUGGAAAUGAUGGCUGACAUGUACAACAGGAUGGCCAGUGCAUGCCAUAAGAAAUGCAUUCCGCCUACAUACCAUGAGCCAGAUAUAAGCAAAGGGGAAGCCGUCUGCCUUGAUCGGUGUGUUGCGAAGUAUCUUGAGAUUCAUGAGAGGGUUGGCAAAAAACUUACGGCUAUGUCAAAUCAAGAUGAAGAUUUUCUCAAACGGAUGCAAAGCGACGUGCCAGAACAGAAACAAUCGGGGUCAUAGUUCUAAUCUUGUAGUUGUUCUUUAUGGAACAUAGUUUAGUGUGCAAAUUAUAGAUGCGGUAUCUGUUCAAAACAACAUAUGAGAUUGUGGCUAGUUUUUAUUUACUUAAGGUUUCCAUAAUGUUCAGCCAUUCAGUUUUGUAUUUAAUUUGUAAUUAAAUAUCUUUAAUUUGAUUAAAAACCUUGCAUAUUUCCUUCAUAUUUUCCAACAUGCUCUGUUUUUAAUAUUUGCCAAGAUCACGUACAUUAAUGUUGAUGUUCUGCUUUAAAAAAAAAAUGUAUACUUUAUGAAAAAAUAAAGAAAUCGGUUGAAUGAAAGGAGGCA